AUGGCCUUGAAGUCCAAGCCGCCACCGAGAGCGCCCAGGCCUGGCGACGUGGUCGCCGUGGGGCAUGCUAAGUUCGACAUGGACGGCCGCACCUUCACCCCGGGCGAGAUGGACAGGCUCAUGAUGGACUCCGCUGUCUCGAAGUACCCGUGUGCAAGGCCUGCCACGUUCGAUGAGUACACAGACCAGGCCAUUGUUGGAUUGCCGAGGAAGAACGAAGCAAGCGCGAGAUCGUGUUUCUGUGCCCAGGCGGCACUGGUUGCGAGCUAUACCACACGAGCACGCUCGGGAGCCAGAAGUGCUCCGUGCCCCCUGGAGAGGCGCUAG